CCUGCACCGCGUCUCUGGGCUGCCCCAGGGGGUUGGCCGUUGCUGCUGCUGGCUCCUCCCGGUCAGAACUCAAAGCAGCUGGAGCCGAGAAGCAGAGCCAAGCUGAGGCGAAGCCACAUCGACUGCCUUUUGCACGGCACGCAAGGGGAACUAGUCUACCAUAGCGGUGGUUCUUUGUCGCGCGUCUGUAGCAGGUUUUAUAAAAAGAGAAGAUGGGAUCUGGAUGCCUGAAAGUUACGAAGUACUUCCUUUUCCUCUUCAACCUACUUUUCUUUAUCUUGGGUGCUGUGAUUCUGGGCUUUGGAAUAUGGAUUAUGGUCGACAAAAACAGCUUCAUUUAUGUUUUGCAAAUUUCAUCAUCCUCAUUAAAGACUGGGGCAUACAUUCUCAUUGGAGUUGGGUCUGUCACCAUGAUGAUGGGAUUCCUGGGCUGCCUUGGAGCAGUCAAUGAGAUUCGCUGUCUCUUGGGACUGUACUUCACCUGCCUGUUGCUGAUCCUGAUAGGUCAGAUAACUGCUGGACUGCUCAUCUACUUGCAACGAAGUGCACUCAAAGCAGAAGUAUCUGGAAUUGUUCAUAAACUCAUCCAGGAUUAUAAUCCCAAUGAUGAAAAAAACAGGACCAUUGAGAAUGCAUGGGACUACGUCCAGUCACAGCUUUCUUGCUGUGGCUGGACUGGCCCCGAAAACUGGACACAGAACACAGUCCUUUUGGAGAAAAAUCAGACUUCAUAUCCUUGCUCUUGCAAAAAUAGCUCAAACGACCCUCUGUCUUAUCAGGGCUUCUGUAAUUUAGGCAUUGCUUCUAACCCCAAUGCAACAUUUAUUGACUGGCCAGUUAACAAGCAGGGGUGCAUGGAAGGUGUGGAGAACUGGGUACAAGAGAACCUUGGCAUCAUUCUAGGAGUCUGCACAGGAGUUGCUGUUAUUGAGCUGCUGGGAAUGGUGCUUUCCAUCUGCCUCUGCAAGAACAUACAUACUGAAGACUACACCAAAGUGCCCAAGUACUGAGACUGCUGGCCUUAGGAAUUGCCCCAGAGCAAAUGGACCAUUUCUUUCCUUGUACCCAGACUGUCUUCAUUACUUAGCAUUCCGCCUGUGAUAUGCAACAUUGCUGUGGAUCUCUUAGGCUGCACUGCAGCUGUGAAUUCUUUGAGGGAUCUGGGCUUGGGUAGCCCCCCCUUCCUAUCUCUUGACUGUUCUUCCAUGAAGCAGGCUGCUUAAGUCUUCCUGUACUCAUAUGAUGCCCUGCACCUUUACUGUCAGCACUGUGCUAGACAGUCCUUUAUUUUUAUCUAUGUUUUGACCCAUUGUGAUUAGACUUAGAGUAGUCCUUCCUGCAGCCACUGACUACCAGUGCUGUACGUAUGUAACUCUUGCAUUCUUCAAAUAGGAAGAAUCUUCAGGAUCUUGAUAAUUGGUGGUGGCAUACAAGUGUGGCUUUUUUCAAACACACAUGCUGUAGAAAAACACAUCCUUUCUCUAAUUGAUCUGACACCUCUGCCCUUCUCUGCUUCGUCAAGCCUAUUGAAUUUUCUCUAGACUUUUAUGUUGUAUAGAUUGCUGUGUCUUCCCCAGAAUGGCACCUUUUAUUUUAUUGUUCAAUCUUGGUUGGUGACAAUCACCAGCUCCAAGUUGGUCCAGACACAAGCUUAUUUUUUUUACCAAAGUCCCCCUCUGGAUGAGGAGGUGAUGCUUGAGGGGGAAGGGACUUGGUAUGUCUUUUUCUCUGCCAUCUUCUUUGUCUUACUGGAUCAUUUAACUUGGAGGCACUUUAGAGACUGUGCACACAGCAUGGGUGAGUCUGCACAGGCUCAGUGGGAUAUGUUCUUGGGUUGCCAACUUUUAUAGUGGUGAUGAUUAAGAUAUCUAUUUUUCCAAUAUGAAUCUUCCACAGUUCGUUCUUCUUCCUUUUUUGCCUUAGUGAUGUAAUUGGUAUCUGGAAUUCCUGGAUUAUCUGAACAACGGGUUAGUUGGGCAAGCAGGUGAGAGAAAGACCACUGCUCUGCUCAUGACAUACAUCAUACAUAUUAGAUAGCUGUGACUCCUUCCCAUUGGAGCCACGUGACUUUGGAGUUGCCAAGAUUGCCAUUUGAACCAUGAUGUGUGUGCAGGAGGAACUUGCUCUCUGGGUUUCUGUACUGGAGGAAGUGUCUACAUCCCAUAGUCAUACAGUGGAAUUCCUUAAAGUGAAAUUUAGAAGUAGAUGAAAGUCACAAGUACAUGUGGUGAUCACAUUUUGAGCAACAGUGUUUAUUUGGCCAGAUGGCACAAUGUUUCAAUUUCGGACCAACCUAGUAAAUCACAGAAAAUGGACAAAAGCUGUUCAUUUCCUUCUCUAUACCAAGUCCUUAGCCUCUGUGAAUACUUGGUUUACUGGGUCUGUACAUUAUUGCUGUUCUUUUUCUGAAUUGAGGAGGAACACAAAGUACAUCUGAAAAUUUAUUAUCCAAAGAGGCUCUGUGGCAUAGAAAAUCUAAUGGGACAAGUAUCUAAAUAAAGGACUUAAAAUAUAAAAAUAUAACCUUGAAGAAGGAUUUUAAUAGGCUUCAAGUAGCUGGUUUAAAGUUUCCACCUAUGUAAAAGUAUGUUGUGUAUCCUACAAGACAUGAAGGCAAUGGAUUUUUUUUAUAUAUUAUAGAUGGUUGAUGAUGCACACAUAAGGUAGAUUAGAUGGUCACAAUUUUGCUUUGAAUAUCAGGCUAGAGUUCUGUGCAGUAAAAGACAAGAAUAAUCCAAGGAGAAUGUUUUUUCAUCCAUAGUUGCAAUACUUCUGUAUAAAGGUUCUGGCUAGCAAUGAGGCUUGUAAAGGGGUAAACAGCAAAUCUAAAUGCUGUAAUUCCCAACAUGAUUUCUUGUGUUAAUUUCUUUCAGUCUGGUUUUUCAAUUUUUGAAUUGGUUGUAAAGCUCAGUUUUUGUAUUCACCUCUUUUGCUUCAACUGAAAAGCCGCUUCCUUGAUAAGCAGUUUGUUCUAUGAUAUUGUUCUCAUGUUUUGAUUUGGCUCUCUGCAGAAGAAAAGUGGAGCUCCUUCAAUCCCCCCCACACACCUUUUUUGUUUGUUUGUUUUUUGUUUUUAGGAACCUCUUCCAGGUGGAAGAAAUGCAUGUACAGAUUUAAACAAAUAAUGGGUGGGUAUUUCAGUAAUAAAAAUAUUUGCUACAAAAAAAA